AGAGAGCCUGUUUGUGUGUUUCAUAUAUAUUUAUAUAUUAUAUAUAUUAUUAUAUAUUAUAUAUAUAUAUAUAUAUUAUAGUUGUUUUUUUUUCUUCAACCCAGGUGGAAAAAAAGUUUACUUUCACCAGCAGCCGUUAAAGGUCAGUAGCUGUUCAAAUUUGGCCUGACUGAAACCUGAUUGGUUGAAAACCCUUGCAGACGCAUGCGCACUGCAAGACGUGUUGCGUUUUGCUUAUCGAACGUUUUAAAAAGUUAAUCACAGCCCGCGAGUAAAACCCUACGUCGGGAUCAUUACAAGUAACACGCCUCAUGGAUUAUGAGUAGUUUUUGUGUUCCUGAAGUCGCGCACACUAGAAUGAGAAUAAACUGGCGGUCGCGAAUGCAACGCCAACCGAACCGGAAACGGAAGAAACUUUGGAAACGAAGGCUGAGCUGAAGGUAAGUUUGUGUAACUGAUGAAGAAAACUCUCGAAACGCUAGCUGCGAAGCCAGCUCAAGUUACCUAACUGCUUACUUGAUAAACGGGUGCUAGUGGAAUGAACAAUUAAACGAAAUACCGCGGUAACGAUAGAAAAGCAACGUGCCUGCCAAACGCUCGCAGCUGUGAACCAGCAUUUACAUUUAGGGUUUAAUUAAAAUUUUAAAAGGAAAAUGAAUACCUGCUGCAACAUUGCGAUUUAUAUGUAUACAGUGGGUACGGAAAGUAUUCAGACCCCCUUAUUCACUGUUAUGUUGCAGCCAUUUGCUAAAAUCUUUUACUUUUCCGCAGCACGCCAUAUUGACAGAGAAAAAACGAAUUGUUGAAAAUGUUGCAGAUUUAUUAAAAAAGAAAAACUGAAAUAUCACACAGCCAUAAGUAUUCAGACCCUUUGCUCAGUAUUUAGUAGAAGCACCCUUUUGAGCUAAUAAGCCAUGAGUCUUUUUGGGUAUUUUUCACACCUGGAUUUGGAGAUCGUCUGCCAGUUCUUGCAGAUCCUCUCCAGUUCUGUCAGGUUGGAUGGUGAAUGUCGCUGUACAGCCAUUUUCAAGGUCUUUCCAGAGAUGCUCAAUUGGGUUUAAGUCAGGGCUCUGGCUGGGCCAUUCAAAAACCCUUUCUGAAGACACUCCUUCGUUAUUUUAGCUGUGUGCUUCGGGUCAUUGUCUUAUUGGAAGGUGAACCUUCGGCCCAGUCAGAUCCAUCCAUCUGUUCACUCCAUCUCUGGAGUCUGCACGCAUCAUCGAUUGCAAAUUGACUUGUGUUGUCGACAUGUGUUUGUAUUGGCAUAAAGUCUCCUACUGUGGUGAAUGUAACUGGAGGAGACCGCUAAUGAAAUGGGAGCUGAUCUGCCCUGUCGCCACCGGUUUUGUGGUCCCUCUUCUUCUGUUAUUGUUACUUUGAGUAAACCCCUGGCAGUGAAUGCCAAAGCAUGAGAUUCAAUUACAGUAUUAUGGAACAAUAUUCCCCCCCCCCCCAAAAAAAAAAUAAAACACAGAUGUGACUUGAUCAGCUUUUAUCGGCACUUUUAUCUCAUGCAAACGCUGAACAGGGCUUUCAUUACCACGAUGACCAGGAGAGGAUUCGGGUGUCGUGAUAAAGCAAGGGUUUUAUUUAAUUUUAUUUAACGAUCGAGUUAAGGCAAUUGAGAACAGAUUCUUAUUUGCAAUGUCGACCUGACUGCAGACCGCAAAAUAAAAGCAAAUAAAAAUACAUAUGUAAAAAAAACUACACAUAAUUACAUAUGCAUUGUUACAUUAUACAUUGCAUAAAAUUAUAUAAAAUACAUUUUAAUAUAGAAAUUAGGUUGGAAUUUACAAAAGUAUUUUUCCCCAUGUGCUUAUCUGUAAAAUGAGUUUCACUUUUCAUUGACCUACUGAAAUAAAUCAACCUUUCAUUUCUUUUUUUUCCCAUAUUCAAAUGGAUUGAUUGCUCAAGUACUCCAGAGACCCAACUAUUUGUGUACAAGCACUUAAAAAGUUGAUUUUCCACAUAUCACUUUGGAGCCAUUUUGUUAAGUCAUGUACAGUCAUACUCAAAAACAUGUUUUUAGCCAUGACUGCAGAAAAGGAAGCAUAACUUUUUUUCCUGACUGUCUGACAUAAAAUCAGACUAAACAUCCCCGUUUGUAAGUCAAAUAGGAUGAAGAAAAUUAUUUCUAUUUGCUCAAUGCCACGAUAAUGAAAGAGAGAGAUUUAUUUCAGACAUAUAUAGACAAUACAGUCAUGGCUACACUGUAAGUCAAUGUGAUGCAGUGCAGUUGGACAACCUUGAUUAAAAAAAUAAAUAACACCUCAGACGGUGUCAAAGAUUUUGUUCCGGUUCUUGUAUUGGUCAUGAUGAGAUUGUGGAGGUGUACCUAAUGUUGUGGCCACUUUUCCUCCAUCUUGUCGUCACUUCCGAUUCCGUUUCUAGCAUGGACAGCCUGGAGGAGGACCUGACGUGCUCCGUGUGCUACUCGCUGUUUUCAGACCCGCGGGUCCUGCCGUGCUCGCACACCUUCUGCCGGGCCUGCCUGCACGGCCUGCUCCUCGCGUCGCACAACUACUCCAUUUGGCGCCCGCUGCGCCAGCCGCUCAAGUGCCCCAACUGCCGCGGCGUCGUGGAGCUGCCCGUGGCGGGCGUGGACGCGCUGCCCACCAACGUGUCCCUUCGUGCCAUCAUCGAAAAGUACCAGCGGGACAGCGAGCCCAGUGCCCCCUUGUGUCCGGAACACCCGAGGCAGCCCCUCAACAUGUACUGUGUCCGAGACCGCAGGCUCAUCUGCGGCCUGUGUCUGACCGUGGGCCAGCACCAGGGGCACGCCAUCGACGACCUGCAAACGGCAUUCGCCAGAGAGAAGCAGACCCCUUCGCUCCUGCUGGCACGACUCUCUGAGCACAGAUGGGCACAGGUUUGUGAGCUGGGUGAACAGCUGGAUCAGGAGAAGGCCCGCUGCGAGGGUCUGUUGAGGCAGGACACACAGGAGGUCGCUCAGUUUUUUCACAUGCUGGAAGCAGCACUGGCGAGGAAGAGACAAGCAUACCUGGAGGUUCUGGACAAGGCCUUAGCUGAGGUGUCGCGGGCCUACGACCCACUCAUCCACAGGGUCAAGGAGCUGCAGGAGGAGCAGCUGGACCUGGUCUCCCUGGCGGCGUCGGUCGAGGAGGAAGACUCACCGCUGGUCUUCCUGGAGAAGGUUCACAUGUUCAAAGAGCGAGUGGACGACUUCACCAGCGCCAGUCUCCCCUCCGCCCUCAACCUCUCGGUAACGCCCCGAGCGGCCGACUACCUGCAUCGACACUGGGCCGCCGUCACCCUCGGCAGUCUAGACGAGGCACCUGUCCCUAAGGUGUGCUGCUGUGCUCGGUGCGGUAGCGCGGCAGCCAAGGCUCACGAGGGACCGUCGCAAGACUCCUACAGGCUACGAGCCCAACUGCUUUUGUUGUUGUUGUUGCUGCUUCUGCUGCUGUCAUCGCUGUGCUGGCUUGGUCUGAGAGAAGAGCUUUUUACGCCCAUCUGCCACUGGAUGGAAUCGUCGUACACGGUGACUGAGGUGUUUGUCCUAAGAUGGAGCUCACACGUUUUCUCUACGGUAGACCUGUUCUUACAACAGUUGACUGCCUUCUUCAUUGCUCUGACAUCAUCGCUCGACCCCUGCCUUUUAUUUACAAGUUGACUUGUGCAUCCUUUUAUGUUGCGAAAGAAUACUUUUGUACAGUAUUAGCUUUAACACCCACGUC